AAAUUUUCUUAAUGAUAGAACGUUAUCAGCAAAGCAGACGAUAAAACGCUAAAGCUUUUAGUUCUUAUUUUACAACUUCUUUUUGUCGUUUGCCGUUAUGAAAAAAUAGCCACAUGUAAACUUAACGACUUGAUUAAAAAAAAUGGAUUCGUUGUUGGGGGCACCUCAUACAUUCGAAGGGGUUGACGUAGAAUGAAAAACAAAAAUUAGAGAUAAAAAAAAAUUUCUCUCGACACAAAGAAGGAAAUGAGUGGGCAGGAACCGUAAUCGCUCCCAAAAGGAUGUUGAAAAGUGGUGAAUUCUCUUAAGCUCUUAGAAAUCAUCCAUUUCCCAGUAAGUUCCGGGGGAGGGAGAGGAUGGUGCAGCCCAGAAUCGAACUACCAAACCAAACAGGAAGAGUUGAAGGAAUAGAUAUGAAGCCCUCCCAUAUCUUGUCCUUUCUGAGAAAAUAAAUGCGAUCUCGUUCAUUCCGGAUGAACUAUUUUUAUGUUGAUGCUGCACUAACUCCCCUGUCUUUUACCGUUCGUAAAUAAUAUCACUUACUCAGUGUGCAACUCCGCAUGUGUGCUGUAUAAUUCAUAAACCUUUUCUGAAAGAAGAGGGGUGUCCUUGUUCCCCGAGCAUGUGCGUGUGUCGGGAAGAUAAACUGAAAACUGUUUCUUGCUGUUGAGGCUAAAGAUAAGGUGAUAUACCCUAAGUACUUCCAACCCUUAUGAUGUUGCAAGGGACGAGUUAAAUUUUAGCUGAUUAUCGAGGAGCUUGGUGCAAAAACCAGAUCAGAAGCAUGAUGUUGAACUGCUAAUUUUUUCUUAAAUUCCUGAUGACGCACAGUGAGGCAUUUAUGACUGCCAAGUAUGGUAGUUUUCAUCCCACCUUUUCCAACGAUUAUCUUCUUAAGCAUGGAAGUUUCUUCAUGAAACCGACCCUCCAUCCUGAUGGUUUCGUGUAUCCAACCCUUAGUGAAUCCGCCAGGUAUCAGGUGUACAAAGACAUGAAAUGCGAACCACCAGAUCCUGAUUUGCCAUUGAACUUCGCCAUCAAGCAAGAAAAACCACCAACUCCUCCCGCAUCCACAUCACCUAAGUCACCUUCGCCAACUGACCCAACAGCUCCUUUACCGAUUUUGAAUGGAUCAUCUAAAAAUGCCACCUGGAUUCUCGGGAAACAGAAACUCAGCUGGGACAAUUCCACUGUUGCCAGUUACAAUCCAGACACUAAAAUGUUUCGAUGCGUGGUGUGCAAUGCAGUUGGAUUCCUCUCAAGAAUAGCUGAACAUUACCUUGGCACUCACACAAGUGCAAAGGUAUUCCAGUGCUUACAUUGCCCAUACAGCAGCACAUGGUCUCGCUGUGUACGAAUGCACAUGGCUAAACAUCAUGGCGUGCCCAAUGCCCCGCCCUCUUUAUGGAAAGGCCAGCCUCUUCUUGAAGAAAUUUUCCAGCUUUUGACCAACCUUAAGACCACUGUUGAUAGUCAAGGUAGGGAAAGACUCGAUCCUGAAUUAUGUGACAAGAAGUUCAUCUGUCCGAAAUGCCCCUACACGACAGACAGACGAGAUCUUUAUUUGAGACACGAAAACAUACACAAAGAGGACAAGCCUUACCACUGUUAUAUAUGUUUUAAGCUAUUCAAUCGUGCAGAUCACGUGAAAAAGCAUUUUCUGAGGAUACAUCGAGGACAUCCUUAUGAUAUUAGCUUAGUAAGGCGUAGACCUCCGAGGAUGUCUUCAUCUGCAGGGAAUACGAGCUCUCCAACGAACACCACCAGCAAUGGAACGAAUGGACUGUCGAACAAUUUUAGUGUUGAUAAACUUAUAUCUAAUGAUAACGAUAUCAAAAUGAAGAAUGAAGUGAUGGAUUUAAGUCAGAGAACAUCUUCGCCGGUUGUGGAUUCGGUACAGACUGCUUCAACGAAACAGUUGAAGACAUUUCAAUGUCCCUACUGUGAAUGGGAAGGAGUGGAUAGUUGGUGCCUCAGACGACACAUGAAUGUUCAUUUGAAGAAUUUCGAAUGUCCCAUAUGUGAUUUUAAAGCAGGUAAAGCUGAGAGACUCUUCACGCAUGGAUAUAGAGCACAUAAAAAGUUGAUCUGUACUAAAUGCAAGUUUGUCACUGAUGUCGCCUUUGAUUUUGAUCUUCAUGUCAAAGAAUGUUGUGUGGAGAUAAGAGAGGGCUCAAACAUCGAAAAAAUUUCUGAAGAUAGUCUGAUCGAAAGUGAUGACGCCAAUAUCGAAGCCAAUUUAGAUCCACCUGGACCAUCAGAAAUUCCACCCAUCACACCUUUUGUUCUCCCAGAAACCGCCAAACUUUUUGAUCACCGCAUGGCCUUGGACCUGAAGGGUUCUGUCAGCUUAAUGCCCUUGCAUAACAGCAUAUCGUAUUGUUUCCCUUCUUCCCAAGCAUUUGGAACAAACGGAAUGAAUAGUUUCAGGGAAAAGUUGCCAGAUGUCUUGGUGAAUGGUGAUGGAAAAGCUGCCACAAAUGGCAAAGUAGAAAGCAAAUUAGAGCUUGCGUCACCUGUUCAGAGCUCUAGCGACAGUGGAGUUACUGACUUAACCAGUGAUAACAAUGAUCAGGAUAUCGUCUGCUGGCAUUGUGGCUGUGAGUUUGCCAAUUCGUCCUCCUUGCAAAUCCACACAGAGCUUUAUCACCGAGAGGAUCUGAAGGAAACUACCAGUUCCUCGAAAAAAGACCAAGCUGUUGUUAAAACAAAGAAAUUCUCCUGCGCCAUUUGCAAUUUCAACAGUGACAAGCAACGAACUAUCAUCGAACACAUGCGAUACCACACUGGAGAAGUUCUCCAUUGCAGAGCUGGUCCACAAUGUGCCUUUAAAACUGUCUGCGACUCCACCCUCGAGAAGCAUGUGGAGACCGAACAUAAUGACUCUUUGAAGAGAUGCCCGCAUUGUGGGCAAAUCUGCUGCGAGAGAAUUCCAUUUAUAAGACAUUACAGAAAAUGUCACCAUUCCAAAUCUUGCAAUCGUUGCAAAGUAAUCAAAAGAAGCUUGGAUCCAAAAUACGCCAACAGCAAUGAGAGUUUAGAGUUGCUUCUGAAAGCAAACAAGGACCAAUCAGAAGAAGAAGUCAAACCAUAUCUUCAUCACAAUCCUUAUUCUAAACGUUCAAGUGGCAUUAGACCUUACGCCCACUGCAACGCAGCAAUGUCUAAAGUAGCUGUAUCCAUUCCACAAGCUUUGCAGAUGACUGUUGAUGAUUUAGUGAUUGCUCAAGAUAAUGGCAAUCGUGGACGGAAAUCUAGGAAGCAAACUUUUCCUAGAAAGCUUUUAAAUACCAAUAUGAUCUCAAAACAGACACGCGUUCGUAAAAGGAAAAAUGUCUGUGAUAAAAAGAAACGAACUAAACGCGGAAAAGCGCCAAAACUGUUCAAAUAUCAGUUCCGGAAGAAGUUGCUCAAACGUGCAAACUUGUUUGUAAGGCGUUGCAAACUAAACCAUGCGCAUUCAUUGAUCUUCAAAACCAACAUUAAUUUUGUUCGGCACCUAUUCUGGCACCAUUUUCUAAAAAAGUAUUGUUGCCACAAAUGCAGCAGUAAAUUCAGGCACGAAUAUCAAGUUCUUUUGCACAGAAGAAGAUAUCACGAUAAUUUUUAAACUGUGACUGUGAAAUUAUACGAAUGUUGGGAAAAUUUUGUUACUAGAAUUUAAUAUUUAUGAUAGAAAAUAUCAUCCUGUGCUAUAUACUGUGAUAAAAAAAAAUAUGUGAGACUUCGUUUUUUUUUUAAAAAAAAGAGACACGAGGAAAUUACUUGCUUGAUAUGUCUGUGUUUUGUAACAGUUACCGCUAAUCUUGCAUGAUUUCUAAAAAUACAUGCCAUUUUUUUGAGAGAAACUAAUUUUUAUCAUGAUCUGAUUCAGUAAGCCACUCAUGUGUUCAUUAAUAAUAACCGGAUAUCAUCUUAAAGAAUUGUGCAUUUCUGUGUAUUAAAAACAAAACUGAUGUUUCUAUUUUCACACAUGCAUUCAAAUUUUGUGUUGCCACUUCAAUUUUUAUAAUAUUUUGUUAUUUGUCAAUAUUGGAGAGAUCAUCAUUUAUAUCUGUAAUUGCUGGAUUGGACUUGCAAACACAAGAUCUUUCGUUGCCACAGACCUUAACCUAGAUUUUUGACUUCUUGCAAAAAAAUUACGCAUUUUAGGGGUCGCAUAUUAAUAUUUAGGAUAGCAAAAUCCUGAAACGUCAUAGAAAUCUCACGAAUCACUUGUGAAGAAGGCGGAAUCGUAAACAUCAAAACAUGCUUGAUUGUUCCAGAAAAGGAAGAUGGUAGUUAACAGACUAUUAUCAGAAACAUCUACAAUUUUUAAGUGAUAUACAAGCAGGUUUUGAUGCUUUUUAUCUUGCCUUCGUCACUUGAUAUUUGAUUUCGAGACGUUUCUUUUCCUCGCUUAAAUAUCAAUUAGCGACUCUUAAUAUGUAUACUUUAUUUUAUUUUUGUCUAAGAUAUUAAAAGUAUAUAUUGAGAACGAAAAGUAUAUAUUGAGAACUUCGAUUAUAAUCUCGAUGGUUUUAUAAUAAGUCAUCGAGAAUCGAAACUUAUAAAUAUGUUCGAAGUUUAUUAAUUACUUCAUCAUAAUUUGUUAUGAUUACUAACUUUAAAGAAUUUCAAUAUGUUGUUAUUAUAAUAUUCACUAAUGCACACUGUAUUAGUGAAGUUGAAGUUAAUUUAAUGUUUUUAAAGUAUCAAUAUAAAGUUUUCAGUUAAUAAGUUCUUGUAAAAGAAUUAGUAAAUGAAACAGAAUGAGGACCUACUUAUAAAGCUUCCUUACAACAACAAUCAACAAAUACUUAAAUCUAUAUAAGACUUCUAAUUUCUAUUAUUUCAGUAUUUUUUAUUACUGAAACCAUAAAUAUGUAAACUAAUAUAGACAUAAAUAUCCUUAAAAAAGAUCUGAAAUGAUUUCUUUGUAUUUACAUAAAAGAUUUUCGUAUUCAUAACAUCUAAGACUCUAGGAAGUAUUGAUUGUUAAUAAAUCAUCACGCUUAAUAUCUAGUUUUUGUCAAAAACUAAGUCAAAUAUAUUAAAGAUCGCAAAUUAAUAUUCAAGAGAAGGGAAAACGAAACCUUAUCGAAACCUAACGAAUAACUAUUGAGGGAAGUGGAUUAAAAAGCAUUAAAACUAGUUUGAUUGCAGAAGUUUCUAAUUAUCGCCUGGUAUGGGAUUUGUCUGAUAAUUCAGACGAACUUCCUCAAAUCAAAAAUUUAUUUUCCGACGAAUUUUUUACAAUUCAUCAAAUAUCCCUGUUAUGUUAUGUCUCUUUUUCGGAUGAUAUCACUCCUGUUAUUUCGUUAUAUCUUCCUGUUAUAUCUACGAUAUUAUUACGACGCGCAAAAUUCAAAUCGCGGAUUUUGAAGACAAUUCCAUCGUUUACUGCUCAUUGAAAAAACAUUGUAUCUUUGAAAGCAAAACUAUCCUAAAAAAUAUCGAACCAUUUCUCAAUUUUGCAAUUACAUGUUUUAAUCGCCUUUUAUUUCUUUCAUAUUUUUUUUUGGUAAACAAAAAUGUUCAGAUGUUUUUAUGAUGUUUACCUUAUUCUAAAGUUUUUAAAAACUCUACAACAUUCAAACAUCAUGAACGAAAAAUUCCAUAAAUCUUAGUUUAUUUCUUUUUUUAUCAGAAAAAGUUUUUAUAUGUCUUAUAUUGCAAAGGUUACGUUUACUUACGGUAAUUGCAAUAUUUUCAAUGAUAUAGUGAUUACUAAUUAUAAAAUUAAAGAAUUUGUUUACCUUAAUUUUAAAUUAGAGUAACCAAACGCUGAAAUUUUUAUUUUGUUUUAUCAAAAUACUUGUAAGUUAUUGAUUGCGUUUGUAAGACUUUGAAGAAUUUCUGAAAUUACGAAUUUUCGGGGCAAUCAAAAUAAUCAAAAUUUUAUUAUGUAAAUUUAUUAAGAAAUUAUUUAAAUAACUGUUUAAAAAAGAUUUGAGGAUUUGCAAUCUGUAAAUGUCUGUAAUUCAAACUGUUGGCUGUAAAUUAUUUUAUUUCUUAGUUUCUAAUGUUUAUGAAUUCUCAAAGUUUUACAGAUAGUAAAAUUACAUCUUUAUAAUGGUGUUAGCAAACAUUUUAUUGUAAUUGUGUAGUUUUAUAAAAUGUACUUAAACCUUAUGUUGUUCUUAAUCAAUUGUUUAAUAUCUUGUGAUCAACUAUUAAAUCAAAAUUUUAUUUUUAUGUUUUUUACGUUCAGAAAAGUAAUUUUUUUAUCACAUUUCAUUUGAAAUAUUUAUUACUAUGUGUUCAGAACUCAAUAUAAAACAUUGAGUUCAAGGAUUUUUAAACAGAAAAAGCUUUGGCGAAAAAUUUGAAACUUAAUGAGUUUGAUGAUGUAAAUGCGAUGUAAUAAGUGAUUUCAUUUUUUCCGUAUUAUUUUUGGAAUAUUAAAUUAUAAUAUAAAUGUUUUUUCCUCUUUUCUUAAAUAUUAUGACUUGGCUGUUUGCAGUGCUGGAGAGCGUUGAAAAAUGAUUUGCAAAUUUGGUAUAAACAUCGCAAGUAAUAUCGUUUAAAAAUGCAUCUUUUUUAUUUCAAUCUCAAAAUAAAUUUUUUUUUAUCAAUCUCAAAAUUUUUUAUCAAUUUUUUUUCAAGCUCAAAAUUUUUAAUUUCUAUCUCAAAAGGAGUACUCAAAAUUUGUAUUUACGUUAAAUGAUGGGAUGUUGCAAUACCUAAUCAGACGCAAAAUAUUCAAAUAUAUUACAGAAUAAGUUAUAUUGAAUACAGAAUAAUUCAAUAUAAUAAGUUAUAUUGUAUACGAAAUUUGUCAUAUUGAAUAUUUAAUUAAAAUCUGUACUUUCUUUUAACAUUUGAUUCUUAGAAUAUUUGUAUUAUACUAAUAAAAAUUAAAAUAUUUCCUUUUUAAUAUUUUUGCUAGUAUUUUAUUCUAACACCCCUAAUGCAAAGAUAUUUAUUUAUAUUAACAAUUAAACUGUAAUUAUAUAAACAUUUUAAAUAAUUUCAUUUAUGUUUACUUACAAAAAAAUGAAGACCAAUAUUGAAGUAUGAUUUUAAUUUAUAUGACCAAAUGAAAACAUUUCUUCGCUGAGUAUAAAACAUUCUCAUAAUUCACAUGAAUGGUUUUCAUUACAUGCAUUCUUCUUUUUUUUAAUUUGACUUAUGACUCUCUUAAAUAUUUGAAAUUUAUAUUUUUUUUAAACUUUAAUCAAUUUAAGAAUAUAAAUAUAUAUUUUUAAUAAUUUAAUUUCUUUUUUUUAGUAUUAUUUUGAAAUAAUCUGAAGAAAAUAUUUCUCAAGUCUGUAAUGCAAUUUAUUACUGGAAGUUUAUUAAUGCAUACAAUAGUAAUUAAAAAAUGGUUUAUGAUUACUAAUGAAUAAAUGAAAACCAAUGUUUAAACGAUGAGAUGGAAUAAAACUAUUAUCGUUAUAAGUGAAAAUAUAAAUGCAAGUGCAUAAGUGAUUUUUGUAAUUAAAAUAUUGUUUUUUCUAAUUAACAAUAAAGAUUUUUUUUUAAAAAAAACAUUUAAUCCAUGCAAUUUAAGAAUGAGUUUUUUUAGAUAAUCGUAAUGUAAAAGCAAUUAUUUAUCUUUACAUUUUGGACAAAUAUUGCACGGAAUCGUCUGUAAUAGUUAAAAAAAUUAUGUAUGUUUAUUAGUAGAUUAAUUAAAUCUAAUAUUAAAUUAUGAUUUUGAUAGAUGUCAGUAAAUAAAAAUAUCUCGCACUGAGUUUGAUUAUACAUACAUGUAGUUCUAAAGAGUGAAAGGCAUAACUACUCCAAUUUUUUGUACUUUCUUGUUAAUAAUUAACAUUUUUUAAAGCAUGUAUAAUUUUUUCAAUAAUUUUAUGUAAGUCUAGAAUAUUAACUAUGAAGACCAAUUAACUAUGAAAAUAGUUACCGAUGAUUUUGCUUAUACAUGCAUGCAAUUCUAAAAAGCGAAAAGUUGUACCAAUUUUUUGUCCUUUCUUGUUAAUUGUUAACAUUUUUAAAGCAUUUAUAAUUUUUUCAAUAACUUUAUGUAAGUCUAGAAUAUUAACUAUGAAAAUAGUUACCGAUGAGUUUGCUUAUACAUACCUGUAAUUCUGAAAAACGAAAAGCAUAACUGUACCAAAUUUUUGUACUUUCUUGUUAAUUGUUAUAACAUUUUUUAAACAUAUAGCUUUUUUCUAAAAAAAAAUUUCAUAAUUUUGAGCAAUUUAAAAUUAUUUUUUCAUGUAAUGAUAUUUAUUUCUAUUCGUAAUUGAACUAACACUGUAUUGACAUUUUCAUUAAUUUAAAAAUACUUUAUGGUAAAUAAUAAAUGGAAACCAAUGUUAAAUAUUGAUUUUAUAGAUGUGAGUGAAAAAAAUAUUAUUACCCCACAGAGCUAAGACAUGCAUGUAAUUCACAUGAGUGGUUUUAAUAAAUACACAAGUUUUUUUCCCCUUGCUAUCGUGGCUUUUUUGUAAUAUUUUGUAAACUUGUAUAAAAUAGAGAGAAUAUUUUUAACGUGAAAUGAUUUUUUAACAAAAAAUACUUUCCAUAUUGCCAUAAUUUUUUUUUUGGAUGAUAGUGUUUGAUUGUUAUGUGAUUAAUUUUGUUUUGAAUUUGAAUGAAUAUUGAAGUUAUAUUGAAUAUAUUAUUUUUCAAAUUAUAUUGAAUGAUGUGUUAUAUUUACAUUCAAUACCUUAUUUGGGCAAAGUGCAUAUAAGUGAAAAGAAAGUUUAUUUUUGUCUAGAAAAAUGAUGCAUUUAAAAAUAUUUAUUCGUUAGCAAGAGCUCCCGAGAGAAUUUUUUUAUUGCCUAUGAAGAAGUGUCAAAUGGUAUUUGUGGAACCGGUGAUUUAAUAUGAGUAUCAAAGUUAUAUAUUUUGAAGAAUAACUAAAUGUUUGAUUUGUGUAAUUUCUAAAAUAUAUAUAUAUAUAUCUAUAUCUAUAUACAUAUGUGCUCAAUAAAAUGUCUUUAAUUUC